AACGGCCAGGAGACGGGUCCGGGGUCCGAUCCUUUUGUUGGACUGCACGACCCUUGGGUUGGCCCGAGAGGAAAGAAAACAGGGCGGGAGGCUCCGAUCGCACGGAGGCGCGGGGACCCCGAGGCGUUGGGGGGACCCGUUCCAUCCUCUGGGGCUGGCAGGCGAGAGGCCGCGGCGGGGUCACUUCCUGCCUUCUCCAAGUCUUGGUGGCGGCCCAUGCGGGGCAUGCGCAGUCCGCACUGGGCGCUUCGUUGGGGGAGUGCCCGGUGGCCAGGGGGCACCAGUGAUCGAUUGGCCGAAGGUGGAGAGGCAGUCGGGCCCUGAGUGCCAGUGGUGGUGUUGUCCCUCAUCGCCAGGAGCCUCAUGCAGCUGGAACCCAAGCCUAGCAGGGCUGGGGCCCACAGCCGAUUCCUGCCCCUGCAGUCGCAGUGCCCCGAGGGGGCAGGGGACGCAGUGAUGUAUGCCUCUACCGAGUGUAAGGCCGAGGUGACGCCCUCCCAGCAUGGCAACCGCACCUUCAGCUACACACUGGAGGACCACACCAAACAGGCCUUCGGGAUCAUGAACGAGCUGCGGCUCAGCCAGCAGCUCUGUGACGUCACCCUGCAGGUCAAGUAUGAGGAUGCGCCAGCUGCCCAGUUCAUGGCCCACAAGGUGGUGCUGGCCUCAUCCAGCCCUGUCUUUAAGGCCAUGUUCACCAACGGGCUGCGGGAGCAGGGUAUGGAGGUGGUAUCCAUCGAGGGCAUCCACCCCAAGGUCAUGGAGCGCCUCAUUGAGUUCGCCUACACGGCUUCCAUCUCCAUGGGCGAGAAAUGUGUGCUCCACGUCAUGAACGGUGCUGUCAUGUACCAGAUUGACAGCGUCGUCCGUGCCUGCAGUGACUUCCUGGUGCAGCAGCUGGACCCCAGCAACGCCAUCGGCAUUGCCAACUUCGCUGAGCAGAUCGGCUGUGCUGAGCUGCACCAGCGCGCCCGCGAGUACAUCUACAUGCAUUUCGGGGAGGUGGCCAAGCAAGAGGAAUUCUUCAACCUGUCCCAUUGCCAGCUGGUAACGCUCAUCAGCAGGGACGAUCUGAACGUGCGCUGUGAGUCCGAGGUCUUCCACGCCUGCAUCAACUGGGUCAAGUACGACUGCGAGCAGCGGCGCUUCUACGUGCAGGCACUGCUGCGGGCUGUGCGCUGCCACUCGCUCACGCCCCACUUCCUGCAGAUGCAGCUGCAGAAGUGUGAGAUCCUGAAGUCGGACUCCCGCUGCAAGGACUACCUGGUCAAGAUCUUCCAGGAGCUCACACUGCACAAGCCCACGCAGGUGAUGCCCUGCCGGGCGCCCAAGGUGGGCCGGCUCAUCUACACGGCCGGUGGCUACUUCCGCCAGUCACUCAGCUACCUGGAGGCUUACAACCCCAGCGACAGCACGUGGCUCCGGUUGGCAGACCUGCAGGUGCCACGUAGUGGCCUGGCAGGCUGUGUGGUGGGUGGGCUGUUGUAUGCCGUGGGCGGCCGGAACAACUCGCCCGAUGGCAAUACUGACUCUAGUGCCCUGGACUGCUAUAACCCCAUGACUAACCAGUGGUCACCUUGCGCCCCCAUGACUGUGCCACGCAACCGGAUUGGGGUCGGGGUCAUUGACGGGCACAUCUAUGCCGUUGGUGGCUCCCACGGCUGCAUCCACCACAACAGUGUGGAGAGGUAUGAGCCAGAGCGGGACGAGUGGCACUUGGUGGCCCCCAUGCUGACUCGAAGGAUCGGGGUGGGAGUGGCUGUCCUCAACCGUCUGCUCUAUGCUGUUGGGGGAUUUGACGGGACAAACCGCCUCAAUUCGGCUGAGUGUUACUACCCAGAGAGGGACGAGUGGCGAAUGAUCACACCUAUGAACACCAUCCGAAGUGGGGCAGGAGUCUGCGUCCUGCACAAUUGUAUCUAUGCUGCGGGGGGCUACGACGGUCAGGACCAGCUCAACAGUGUGGAGCGCUAUGACGUGGAGACAGAAGCGUGGACAUUUGUAGCUCCCAUGAAGCAUCGGCGGAGUGCCCUGGGGAUUACCGUGCACCAGGGGAGGAUCUAUGUCCUUGGAGGCUAUGAUGGUCACACGUUUCUGGACAGCGUGGAGUGUUAUGACCCAGACACGGACACCUGGAGCGAGGUGACCCGCAUGACGUCUGGCAGGAGCGGGGUGGGCGUCGCUGUGACCAUGGAACCCUGCCGGAAGCAGAUCAACCAGCAGAACUGUACCUGCUGAGCCAUUUUUAUUUCCUGGGCAAAAAAAUGGUCCAAUCGAGAGUAUUGUUUUUGUAUAAAAAUAAGGACCCAAGAAAAGGUAACAGAGCAAACCCUUCUCCUUCAGGAUGGGAGGCUGAGAUGCCUCAGUGUUAAAACGACAGCUUGAAAGCAAAGAAAGCUGGAGCAGGAACCCAAGUCAAAGAAGUCCUGGGAAUGUCUGAGAGCCUGCCGCCAGGGUGGUGUGGAAAGGGCGGGCUCCUGGCAGAGAGGUCCCCAACCCACGGGCCAGAAACUAGGCCUGGGUCCCACACCAGCAGCUGCACCCUUUGAGGUGAAAGCAGGUGCCAAGGUCAGGCUGGUUUUUGUUCCCAGUGAUGUUGUGAUUGGUUCCUAGAGGCCUGGGAAGGGGCCGAGUGAGGCCUCAGAGGUUGAGGCCCCUGUGGAGGUGUGGACCCCAGGGAUGGGCCUGUACAUAGAAACCACUGGAUAUCUCUGCCCUGGACAGUCAUUUUGUUGAUAAGUAACCCUGUAACUUUCCAAUGAAAAUAAAGAACAGACUAACUAGUGUCUUCCACCUGGCUCUCAGCUGGAGGCCUUAAA